AUGUUUUUAUUGCCUGAUGAUGUACUAGAAGUAAUGUGGAAUUCAAAAAUCCAAAAUCCAUUUACUGAAAGUAUUGACUUUCAAUUGGAAAUUGCCAAGGAAAGUAAACUUGUCGCUGGAGAUGUUGCAAGUAUAAACCUACCUUCACAGUUUUUAAUUAAUUUACAUCAAGGGAUGAUUUUCGUCACUUCUAAAGUUUCGGUAUCUAUAACCAACGAUUCUGGCUUCUUGAUAGACCAUUCUGUAACUAUCCUUGAUACCAGUGUGGAAAAUGAGAUAAAUGGUAUGGAAAGUAAAGGGCCAAGCGAGGAUGAGAUUCCCAAUUUUGUUAGCAGCACACUUAGUGGUUCAAGAAAUGUUAUGCCUCAAGAUUUAUACUUUAGUGACAUAGAUGACUCUAACUCUGAUAAUGAAACUAUUUACAAUAUUCACUUGCCAAGUAUGGAACUUGUUGCACCGAAAAUUGCAGGGCCGUUCAUUUGUGGAUGUAAGCGACCAUUUAUUACCAAGUUGAUGUAUCAGCUGCAUUCAGAAAAGUGCAUAAAGGUAAUUUUUUUAUUGAUGUUAAUUCCAUUCAACUGUCAUCCUUUUGACAUCUUGACAAUAAAAACUUUUCUUUCCCACAACAGAACAUUUAUGUCGCAUGCAGUUCUUAAUCAAAUUCUCAAAUUACAUUACCACCCACAAUCUUGGACAAAAAUAUUGAGAGAAAGACAGUUUUUUCCUCAUUUUCCAAAUAUGGACAAAAGUGUCAAACAGUCAAUGCACUGCAGUAGGCAGGCUGCAAAGUCGCUACUUUUGUACACACAUAGACCAGACAGACAGCGCUGAAAAGUUUGUAGUUAACCAAAUAGCCUAAGAAAUUAAGUCCAAAUGUGUGAAUUUUAUAAAAAAAAUAGCCUACGCAAUUACUAUGCUCCUUAUCCCCAAACCAGCCAAUGGAAAUAUUCUGCAGUCAAUUAUACUGUACCUAAACACCCAAAAGCAAGUUUUUAGAGAAGUAUAAGCCAAUUUGAUAAGAGCUUAUACAUAGCAGACACCUCUUUAUAGCUGAUACUUAUAGUUUUUGUGGUGUCCAAUAUAAAGUUAAUGCUUAAAUUAUUCAAAUCUUCUU